AUGCACCUUCAAACCCUCCUUCCAAUCCUAUCCGCCAUAGGAACAACAUCAGCAGCCCACCUCUGGGCAACCCACUACAAUGGCAAUGUCUAUAGCCUAACGCUGAAAAACAAUGACCUUUCCCUAUCACAAACCCUCAACACCUGCGGGGAUAUGCCAAGUUGGCUUACCCUAGAUGCGCACACCCGCACCGUCUACUGCUCCGACGAGAAUGGCACGGCCGAUGCUUCCACGCACGGCUCACUGACGGCCUUGCAUGUCAAACCAGACGGCACACUGCGCGAAGGCGCUGUCGCAAAGACUGUCGGUGGCGGCGUGAAUAGUGUGAUUUAUGAGUCGGAUGCCGGAAAGGAGUUCAUCGCAAUUGCGCAUUACCAAGGAUCGGCCAUUUCAACCUUCGCCCUACCCAUCAAACAAAACCAACCAGCCCUGCAAGCCUUCCAUUUCAACUUGACCAGGCCGGGCAAAGUUGCCCAGCAGGACUCCCCACACCCGCACCAAGUCUUCCUCGACCCGACCGGCUCGUUCAUCCUCAGUCCGGACCUGGGCGCGGAUUUGUUGCGCGUGUACGCGAUCCAAGAUGGCCCGUCGGGAAAGCUCUCAGAGUGUCCGAGCCUGAACAUUACCUACGGUAGCGGCCCACGGCACGGUGUUUUCUGGACAGAUGACACUAACCGGUCGGCUGGGGCUGGGUCGACGCAUUCGCGGAAGGCCGGGGCUGUCGGCGAGACGAUGUUGUAUCUGGCUAACGAGAUCGGGGGUACGAUAAUGGUGUUUGAUGUUUCUUAUUCGAGGUCUGGCUGUUUGUCUUUCGAGAAGACGCAAACGCUUGUGCCGUAUCCCGGGGGUGUUAUGCCUGAGGGUGCGACACCGGCUGAGAUUAGUAGGAUCGGGAAUGAGUUUUAUGUUUCGAUUCGGACUGAUCAGGGGUUCAAGCCCAAUGAUUCCAUCGUUGUGCUUGAUCGGUCGCCGGUAGAUGGAUCGGUGGAGUUGCGAGACUCGUCUUCCGCAUUUGGGAAGGUGCCGCGGACUUUUGUGAUUAAUCGGGCCGGGGAUCUGGUUGCCAUUGGGAAUCAGGCAUCUGCGACGGUGGCGAUUGUGCGUCGGGAUCCGGAGACUGGGAAUCUGGGUGAGGAGGUUGCUUCUCUACAAGUUGGUGAGCCCGGGAAGGUGGGGACUGCAGAGGGUCUCAGCAGUGUCAUCUGGGAUGAGUGA